AUGGUUAUGGACAAGACAUGGGUUCAUCUUAACAGAACGGAUCCUGGUUAUGAGAAAGGUGCUUGGGAUUUUGUGAGGUCUGUGGCUGCAGGUUUAGGAGACAAUUCAAUUAUUAUUUGCCCGUGUAUUGACUGUCGCAACGUAUAUCGCCACUCAGCCGCUGAUGUUGUUGAUCAUCUUGUAACAAGAGGAAUGGAUUGGAGUUACAAGUCGAGGGAUGACUGGUUUCAUCAUGGAGAAGUGAAAUCAAGGACUGAGUGUAGAAAGAACACAAGCCAGUGGAACGAAGAGAUAUUAGGUUUGUUCAAAGCUGCCGAGUUUAUGGAUGAAGAGCUUGUUAGUCAUGGUGAUUUAAUUGAUGUUGAUGAAGGGGAUGAUAAGGUAGAAGAUGAGUUCUUAGCCAAGCUAGCUGAUGCAGAAGCACCACUGUAUCCAGGUUGCACAAACUACAACAAGCUAUCUGCGAUUGUUUCACUCUUUCGGUUAAAGACUCAGAGCGGUUGGUCUGACAAAAGUUUUGAUAGUCUACUUGAGACUUUAAAACAGAUGCUACCCAAGGAUAAUGUAUUGCACACGUCCUUGUAUGAGGUGAAGAAAUUCUUCAAAUCUUUUGAUAUGGGUUAUGAGAAGAUACACGCUUGUGUGAAUGACUGUUGUCUGUUUAGAAAUCAGUAUGAGGAGCUCGACAGUUGUCCUAAAUGCAAAUCUUCGCGAUGGAAGAUUAACAAGCGAACUGGUGAGGUGAAGAAAGGGACUCCACAGAAAGUACUUAGGUACUUUCCGAUAAUUCCACGUCUCAAGAGGAUGUUCAGGUCAGAGGACACGGCGAAAGACUUACGGUGGCAUUUCAAUAAUAAGAGCACAGAUGGAAAAAUGCGUCAUCCGGUAGAUUCUGUGACGUGGGAUCAAAUGAAUGAAAAGUAUCCGUCAUUUGCUGCAGAAGAAAGGAACAUUAGGCUUGGACUCUCCACAGAUGGGUUUAAUCCUUUCAACAUGAAAAAUGUUAACUAUAGUGCAUGGCCUGUUUUGCUAGUCAAUUACAACAUGCCACCUGACAAGUGUAUGAAAGAGGAGAACAUCAUGUUGACAUUGCUGAUUCCUGGACCAACUCAACCUGGAAACAAUAUAGAUGUAUAUUUAGAACCUCUUAUAGAGGAUCUAAACCAUCUGUGGGAGAAGGGAGAGGAUUUUCCGGUAUAUGGAAAUCUAGCAGGCUGCAAAGUUAAAGGCAUAAUGGGUUGUCCGGUUUGCGGGAAGCACACAGAUAUAAAUGGAAGAAAGAGGAAGAUGCAAGAUCGUGUUGGUUCAGCCUCCUAUAUUGAUGAUGAAUCCAGUGAAUCAGAAGAAGAGGAAGAACAAGUAGAUGAAGAGGAGCUAUCCAGAUGGAAAAAGCGGUCAAUCUUCUUCAAGUUAGAGUAUUGGAAGGAAAUGCUGGUUAUGCAUAACCUAGAUGUGAUGCACGUUGAGAGAAAUGUUGCCGCCAGUCUUGUCUCUACAAUGCUGCAUUCAGCGAAAUCAAAGGAUGGUGUUAAUGCUCGAAAAGAUAUGCAACUGCUUGGUAUUAGAAAGGAUUUACAUCCCCAAGCACGUGGGAAAAGAACCUACCUUCCUCCAGGUCCUUGGUCUCUGUCCAAAACAGAGAAGAAAGUAUUUUGUAAGCGAUUGUCUGACUUCAGAGGACCAGAUGGCUACUGCUCAAAUAUUUCUAGAUGUGUUAAGAUAGAAGAUUGUACGGUUAAGGGUUUGUUACCUAAAGGUGUUAGGAUAGCUAUUGGACGUUUAUGCGCUUUCUUCAACAAACUAUGUCAGCGAGUUAUUGACAGAGAGGCAAUUUCUGUAAUGGAGCAUGAAGUUGUGGAAACUAUCUGCAUGUUUGAGAGAUUCUUUCCUCCAAGUUUCUUUGACAUAAUGGUGCAUUUAACAGUCCACUUAGGCAGGGAAGUUCGGUUAUGUGGACCAGUUCAUUUUCGUUGGAUGUACCCAUUUGAGAGAUACAUGAAAGUUCUGAAGGACUUUGUAAGAAACAUGGCAAGACCAGAGGGUUGUAUUGCUGAAUCAUAUCUCGCUGAAGAGUGCAUGCGGUUCUGCAGUGAUUUCUUGAAAAAUACUACAAAUGCUGAUGAGAAAAUGGAAAGAAAUGCUGAUUAUGAGAACUGCUCUAUCUUGGAGGGUCGUCCUAUAUCAGCACCUACUUCAUGUACUCUUACUGAGAAUGAGAAGAACAUAGCACAUCUUGCUGUCAUUCAUAAUAUGGCUCUGAUUGAUCCUUAUGUGGACAUGCAUCUACAACAUCUUCAAGAUUCUAGUGAAAGAUGUAGACGUGAUUCGGUAUUUUUGUGGAGAACCCAUUUUCAGAAAUUUGCCUCGUGGUUAAAAGAACAGAUACCUAUGACUUCUGAUCAUGAAGAUGCACUUAAGUGGUUAGCAUAUGGUCCUCGUCUAUGCGCAAGGUCUUACACGGGUUACAUAGUCAAUGGCAAUCGAUUUCAUACAGUCUCGGUUGAUAUAGGCAAACUCAAAACUGUGAGUGGUGGAUAUUAUACUGCUUGA